AUGCUGCCAAGCUACUGCAACAGGUACUGUGUAUUUGCCCUUCAAGAAACCAAGAUAGACACUUACACAACAGCCAGUUGCCCCAGGCUCUGCACAACUUUUUCAAUGGACCAAUGGGUGCCCAAAAACUGCUUCAACCUUUGGGUGGAGCACGACAUACCUGACCGCACCCUUAGCUCCCAAAAACCUGGACCAGACUGCUGCCAGGGAAGACGGUUAUUUGAAAUCACAUGAGCAAAAGGAAAGUGAAAUAACAUGUUCAAAUAUUGUGUACAUGGUACACAUACACUUGAGAACACCAAACAGACACCUACCACGACUGGACACUCUAAGGUAUACUAACCAUAUCUUUGUGAUUGACUAGUUCAGGAAUUUCUUGCUGCUUUAAUUUGUUCACAAAAAAAUCAUGGCUAAGUUUUAGAGUAAUUUUCAGGAGUGAUAAAAAUUAACUUGGAAUACUUUUCAAAAAGCUUAAUUUCUCAAUUUCAGAGAAAUUUUCAUUUCCUGAAGUAAACUGUCACCGUUUCUUGCCACUGGCACAACAUCUGAGGUAAGAUUUUUCUUAAUGUUUUCUAUAGCCAUAAAUGUGGUUGUACAGUUUGCUAAUAAUAAUUGAAAUAUGUGUUGCCAGGAUUAUGUAACAUUUUUCUCCUAUGGUACAGAGUAUUAUGAUGCACACUGUAAUAUUAUAUCAUGUUACCAUUAAAUUAAAAAAAGAAAACAAUAGGGACUUGAUAGAUUAGGUUUUCUUAGGAUGGAAAAAUUAACAAAAAACAUGAAAAUUAUGCUCUUAGUAUUCAGAGAGUCUCAAAUAGUCUUCUGACAUUUGGUUUAGGCUCAGUCACAAAAUUAUGUUGUUAAUUACAUUGAAAAAUGUGUCUUGUUUACAUAUUGCUUUGUCUAUUGUAGCCAUGUUUUCACGGCUGUUCAAACCUCCCCCUCCCCCACCUUCUCCAAUUUUGACUGAAGCAUGGAGGGACAUACCAUGGGGCCACAAAGAAAAAGACCUGCAGUUUGUAGAGGACUAUCAGCCUCAUAAUGAUGAUGUCCAACAGAUCAGGAUUCUGCUUUAUGGACCCAGCGGUGCGGGCAAAUCCAGCUUCAUCAACUCUGUCGACAGUACUUUGCAAGGGCGAGUCACUGGGAAGGCUCUGGCAGAUGCAAUCUCUCAUGACAGCUUCACCAAAAAAUACAGGACCUACAAAAUACAAAAAGGAGGACCAGGAACAUUUUACCCCUUUGCCUUCACUGACAUCAUGGGCCUUGAGAAGGAAACUAACAGAGGAGUUGGUUUGGAAGACCUCAAGCUGGCUAUGAAGGGACACGUAAAAGAUGCUUACAAUUUCAAUCCUCUCUCUCCAUUGUCUGAGGACAAUCAAGACUACAUCAAAAACCCCACUCUGAAGGACCAAGUUCAUGUUCUGGUUUGUGUCGUCCAUGCCAACUCAGUGAAAAUAUUGGGUAAUGAUUGCUUGACAAAGAUGAGACAAGUCAGACUUGCAGCCAGUGACAUGGAGAUUCCCCAACUGGCUAUCAUAACCAAAAUUGAUGAAGCCUGUCCAGAGGUUCAAGUUGACAUAAAGAACGUGUACAAGAGCAAAUACCUGAAAGAACAGACGAAGGCAUUGAGUGUGGAGCUGGGUCUUCCAGAGUACUGCAUCUUUCCUGUGAAGAAUUACCAUUCAGAGAUCAACACAAAUGAUGACACUGAUACCUUGAUCCUGAGCGCACUGAGACAGAUAAUUCACUUUGGUGAAGACUUUGUCAACAGCCAGUAGACCUACAAAGUGCUGCUGGAGUGACUUUUCAGUCAGAGUAUUAAAAGAUCAGGGUUUUCACUUGCAAUGCAUACAAUAUCUGGCAUGAAUGAAUUUGCCUCUACAUUGCUGACUCUCAAUAUGCAUUUGCAUAUCUGCAUUAUUAUGUUGUUAGUUGUUGUUUUAUUUUGUUGAUUCAGGGGAUAAUUUCUGAUAUUGUAGUCAUCUAUUAAUCAUGAAUCUGGUGAUUAGCAGAACAAGAUGUGGUUAACAUUAGGUCAACUUUGGAUAAAAGUCACUUUUUGGAAACAAUAUCAGAUUUUCACGACACAAUUAUCAUAUCCAAAAGAAUUCAAGAUCAUGAUAGUAUUGUGAAAAAUACAUUUGAAAAAAAACCCUUACUAUAUGGUGUGUUUUGCCUUUUUGACAAAUGAGUGUAAAGAGGCUGAGAGAGAAUCUGUAACCAUAACUGUAUAAAAGCAUACAAAAAGGCAACAAUAUGAGCUGAUAUAAAGCAAAAAAAGUACUAAAAGGCCUCACAUCUGCCGUCAAUUUGAUGAGGGAGACAAAUAAAAACCAAAAACGAAUGACUAUGACAUAAGAUGAUUUUAGAGGUGGUGGAUUAUUUACACUAUAUUAUGAUAUAUGCAUUCACAUAUCAUGGUUGUCGUUACAAGAUUAUAUUGCAAAUAAAUGCACCUGCAUACUCUGCUACUGCAGAUGUUGUACUUGUUGUUCCAACAGCGUUUUCUAUUGUGCUACAGUACUGCUGUUCAGAUAAAACUAUAAUAGAUAAUACACAAAAAUUACAUUUGUCAUUAGUUUUGUUUCCUUUCAUCAAUACAUGAGACGAUGUUGUAGUGCAAUCCCUUGAAAGUGAUUGAUGCAGCAAUAUACAAUAUUAUAUUGAUGACUACAUUGAUUAUAUUGAUGAUGUGUGAUGUACUUAAAUAGCUUCAAAAGAAAAAUGUUCUCAAAGAAAACCCCAAAGACUAAAUUGAAAGGUGAAUUGGCCACUCAUCAUGACUAAUAAAGAAGUCAAAUUAUUAUAAGAGUAAUUGUAUUGCUAAUGGAUAUGUUUGUUAUAAAUUAAACACAGUACAAGAUGAUAUUGUUUGAACUGCUUUUUAUUUUAGAGUGUAUUGCUUGACCACGUUGCUAAAGGCAAUAAAGCAUGGUUACUUACCUUUCAAAUUACAUUUUAUGGAUGUGGAAUUUGGCCUUAAUAGUCACAAGAUAAAUCACAUGAGUGUUUUUCCUGUGUGUUUUUGGCCAGGAGAUUAAAUGACACAUUCAGUUUCUGGACAGAAACUACAAUUCACAUCAAUGUCUCAAGAUAAUUUGCUUUUUGCAGGAAUUCAUUUAUAAAUGGCUUUAAAAAAAAAAAAACCCUUAUCUUUAUUGCUGAUCACGUAUUGUUUAGGUAGAAGCCAGGGCCAGGACCAUAUAAUCUACAAAUUUACUCCAAUAUGAAAUUGCAUAUGCAUAUGUAGUAAUAUAUAAAUGGAACUGAGCUUCUAGAUCUGUUGUUAAUGCCAGAAAAAAAAGGAAAAAAAAAAAAGUUUGUCUACAGGAGUGUAUGUCGGAGAUAACAAGGGCAAUUGUGGGACAUUAAUCCACCGCUGAGAUUCAGACAGUCACUGUCAGUACAAAUAAUCUUACGUUGUUAGCCUGAUGUGACGUCAUCACGUGAUCUGGUCAACAACUCAGCUGUUGUUGUGGUGGCUUCAAGUGCCGUCGAAAAUAUUGGAAUUACGACGCCACCUGGAUGAAAAAAAAGUGACCAAUAGGAUUAAAGAGUUCGUGAUUCUUCACAAUUAAUAACAUGAUGUUACUCUGUGUGACAGUAUUUUUGCAUUCCUAAAUAUAGCAAAUUACAUAUACAUAAAAGUUUUUUUU